AUGAACAGAUUUGGCCAGUAUACUUAUAGAUGUUUCCAUUCCCGAUGUCCGUUGGGGGCAAGGGAUUCCCAUUAUGAUGUGAUGAGACUUCCACACGAUGCCACGUUAUCAGAUAUCAAAUCCAAAUUCAAGAAACUGUCACUGAAGUUGCAUCCUGAUAUGUUGAAGUCACAGGGUCUAUCCGACGAGGAAAUGUCAACAAAGUCAGAAGAAUACUUGAAAGUCAAGAGGAGUUAUGAAGUUCUAUCAGAUGAGCAAAAGCGUGAUGAAUAUGACUUGCACAUGGGUAUCAAGCGAAGAGAUACUUCAUCGCCUAACAGCUACUUCAAUAGGCCAGGGAACACUUUCCAUUUCCAUGAGAAGCCAAGGAAUUUCAACGACGUUCCACAUUUCGACUUUAAGAAACAUGCAGAGAGAAUGGAGCGGACCGAAAGGAGAUAUAAAUACAGUCAGAAACUAAAUCAGAGUGUAGAUACAUUUGGUCGUGACUUAUAUGCCAGAAACUUGGGUGCCAAUGGUCCAAGAAAGGGGAUAUAUAAAAACUACAGCUACCAGCCAAAUGUGCGUGAUGAUGAAAAAGAAGGCAAGAAGAUUGCCAUCAAAAUAGUCGGAAGUAUAGUCGGAAUCUUCUCCAUAUGGUAUAUAUUGUGUGGUUCUUUUACCACUAAGAAGGAUGAUAAAGCUAUUAUUUCUAGUAAAGAUAAUGACGAUAGAGAUUCCCCUGACGCUAAGAGGGAAGAAAGUCAAUUACAGGAAAAAGUCAACUCAGUAAGCAAGAGCGGAACUUCAAUGAAUCUUAACAACAAUUAUGGGCUGAUGCUUAUCAAGAAGGAUUUACCAAAGAGAGACGAUAUGGAAAUAUUUGAAGAGCAAGUUUCUGAAACAGCCGAAUAA